AUGCCACAGGUAACCACCCGGGACUCGUUCCUCGAGCUCCUGAGGAGGGAAGGCUUCGAGAAGCAGUGGGGUUUGAUGGAUUUCGUGUAUUUGCCCACCGACUUUGGUAUGCAAUGCUGUUUUGGAUACGCGUUCGUCAACCUGGUCUCGCCCACGGCCGCGCAGCGUUUCCACGAGGUGUUCGCGGGCUUCUCCAAGUGGAGCGUGCCCUGGGAAUCCGAGGCCGAGGUGGGCUGGGCCUCGCUGCAGGGCCUCGACCGGCACGUCGAGAAGUACCGGAACAGCCCGGUGAUGCACCAGAGCGUGGGGGACGAGAGCAGGCCUAUCUUGUUGAAGGACGGCGUGCGCAUCGACUUCCCCCUCCCCACCAAGAAGAUCGGCCUCGUGAAGCGCCUGCGCUCCCGGAGGAACCCGCCCUCCAGCGGGAGGGACGGCGAGACGAUCCACGCCGUGCUCCUCGAGGGCCCACGGAGCCAGGAGCAACCCAGCUGGGACUACCAGGACACGGACGAGGAGCUGCAGCCGACCAAGCCGCACGGCCGCCCCGCCGCCGCCCAGAAGGCCACGCUGCUGCUCGCGCCCGGGCUGGAGCCUCUGCCGCCCCGGCCGAAGGGCGGCGAGCCGCCGAAGCGGAAGGGCGGAGACCUCCUCAAGGCGGGGCUGGAGCCCGUGGCGGCGAAGCAGACCGCGAAGCUGAAGCAGUCCCUGGCUGGCGCCGCGGCCUCCUCUAAGCAGACAGGCGCCGCCGACAAGACGGACCUGAAGCGUCACAGCUUGCCGGGCCCACCGGGGCGCUUCGAGGGGCCGCCGGGCCGCUUCGCGCCGCGCGCGGGUUCCGAGUGGGACGCGUGCAGCGACUGCUCCUCGCGCGCGGCCACCCACAGGAGCGCCGCCACGGCGCCCAGCGUCGUGGGCAGCGCCCGGGGCAUGGCGGCGCCGCCGGGGUGCUUCGAACGGCGGCCAGCGGGCGCGGCGGAGCUCGACGUCGUGAGCGCCGCGAGCGGCAGCACCACGCGCGGCAGCUUCUCGGGGCCGCCGGGGCGCUUCAUGAAGGCCUCGGAGAUCGACACGCUCAGCGAGUGCUCCACGAAC